CAAACCUUUCUCCCUGAUGUCUGAGCCCUAUUCAGACAUUAUGUUGAAUGUUGUGUUGAACGCAGUGUGUGAAGAGGGAUCUGGUUUUCAGGGAGCAGGGAAUGUUGUGCAUGGAGGAGCAGCAAAAAUAUUUGCAUAAAUAAUUGGGGACACCUAUAUUGGGCAGCAGCGAUAUAGGAAGAUGCUGAAAGGCAUCAUCUCAAACUGCGUAGGAGAUGGCAAUGGUAAACCCCUCCUGUAUUCUUCCAAAGAGAACCACAUGGCUCUGUGGUAGCCAGGAGUCGACACCAACUCGACAGCGCAACUUUACUUUAGUACAACAGCUGGGGACCCAAGGUUGGGAAUCCCUGGUUAACUCAUGUCACAGUGAGAUGAGUUAGGAAGGAGGGGUUUAGAUUUGUUAGGCACUGGGAUACAUUUUGGGGCAAGCAAGGCCUGUACAAAAGGGACGGGUUGCACCUGAACCAAGAUGGGACCAGAUGGCUGGCACUUACAAUCAAAAAGGUUGCAGAGCAGCUUUUAAAAUGACGCAUGGGAAAUAACCGACAGGAGCUGGGCAGUAUCCCAUUCGGCAAAAGCCAUCCUUUAAAGUGCAAGGGUGCAAAGGAUUAAGAUAAAAACAGAACGAGACAGAGCAGAACCACAUAAAGAGCAGACAGAAGGCUGUGCCAAAGCUGGUCCAAGAGUCAAAAGAAAGAUAGCAGACACCAGGACAGUUGAGACCACUAGGAAUAAAAAUGGAGGAACCGGACCAAGAAGGACCCAGAGCAGAGGAGAUAUCAGAGGCAGGAAGAAGAGAUCCCCAUGUUGUCCAAGCUGAGGCAACUGGAAAGGUUUUGACAGGGGCCUCCCUGUCCCCAGUAAAACAGGAACUGGAGGAAAGGCUACAGCGGCACUGGAAAGCCCCGUGGCUGGACUUCCUGAAGCCAGUGCAGUCACUUCUUGUAGAAGGGAAGAGCCCACAGCUGCUUGAGCAUACAUCAGGGGAGCACUCUAAGGAUUUCCAGGCCUCCUCCAAUGGAGUAGCCAGUGCCAGCCAGUGGCCCAGAGGAGGGCAUGUGACUCAGACCUUUCCACGCCUUGUGAGAGAAGGCCUUGUGGCCAUUGAGAAUGGCCUGGACUGUGCAGUGACAGUGAAAGAAGAAAUCCCGGCCAAGGACCCUGUGAGCUUGGAGAUGCGCUGCCACGACUUCAGGCACUUCUGCUACCAGCAGGCCAGAGGGCCCAGGGAAUCAUGGCGGCAGCUUCAAGGGCUUUGCCAUCGGUGGCUGAUGCCAGAAAAACACACCAAAGAGCAGAUCUUGGAGCUGGUGAUCCUGGAGCAGUUCCUGGCCAUCCUCCCCCGGGAAAUGCAGAUGUGGGUCAGGGACCGUAAUCCAGAGACUUGCGCCCAGGUGGUGAUUUUGGCAGAGGAUUUUCUGCUAAGGUUGCAAGAACCUGAGAGACAGAAGCAGCAGGGCCCAGGGAUGUCUGAGGAAGCAGUUGCUACUGUGUCUGAGGGAGAACAAGAUCCAUCCGAUAUGGGCGAGGCACAGUUCUGCACAGAGGCUUUGCAGAAGGGCAGAAGGAAAGUCAGCAUGCUGGCUCAGGGGUGUCCAGAAAUGAAAAAAAAGAAGCCGCACAAAACAAGCCUCAAAUCUGGGGAACGGUUGGCAGUGGAAGAAGGAGACCUUAACAUUGUCCAGGUUGGGACUUCUGGAGAGUUUCUGGAUGAGACAGCACCACAGCUGAUUAAACCGGAACCAGCAGAAGGGUUCCACCAGCGUUGGGAAACCCAGUUGCAAGAAUUACUGAAGACCACACAGUCGCCUCACUCAGGAUGGAGAACCUCACAGCUGCCUCAACCUGUACCAGGAGAGCCCUUGAAGGAUGUUCAUGUCUCCUUGAAAGGGACGGCUGAUGCCAGCCAGUGGCCUAAAGGAGCACAUGUGACCCAAACCCUGACAGGCCUUAGUGGGGAGGCCAGGCCAGCUUCUGCUAAUCCAGACUCCUCUGAGAAAGGGAAGGAGGUGACUCUGGAGGAGGACACGGGCAACAUGGAGAUGCAGCGCCAAUGCUUCAGACAGUUCUGCUACCCGGAGGCUGAGAGGCCCCGGGAUGUUUGCAAGAAGCUUUGGGAACUUUGCCAUCAGUGGUUGAGGCCAGAGAGACACACCAAGGAGCAGAUCCUGGAUUUGCUGAUCCUGGAGCAGUUCCUGAUUAUUCUCCCUGUCAAAAUGGAGAGCUGGGUGAGGGAACGGGGACCAGUGACCUGUGCCCAGGCAGCAGCCCUGGCAGAAGUUUUCCUCCUGAGACCUCAAGAGCCUAUGAGACAGGAGCCAAAGAUUCUGGAAUCACCAGAGGCCGAGUUGAAUCUUCUGAAGUCUGGACAAUUUCCAUCAGACACCCUGAGAAUGGCACAGCAGCCUCUGGAAACCAAAGAGGAGGAGGACAUCAGCUUAUUAAAUAAAUAUCUCCAGAUGAAUGUGUGCUUCAACGUGGAAACUCGAGAGCUGCGGAAAAGGCUCCUGGCCAGGCAACGGCAGAGGCGCCACCGAGCUCGCCAAACUCCAGAGCAACGGCUGCAGCGGAGGCGCAUCGAAGCCGAAAGGAACGCGCAGCGCAGGGCCAACGAAACCCCUGAACAAGCCGCACAACGGAGGCAAAAGGAUGCCCAGAGAAAGCUGCAAAAAAGGAAAUGUCCCCCCAAAGCUGCACUGCCGCAAGAUUCUUGCGAUACCUUGACUGGGACAGAAUAUUUGUGAUGGCGCCCAGCCUGGGUUAAUUCCAUUGGAGACGCUGGGGAGGUGGCUGAAAGUAGCUUCUGUUCGCUUGGCCUUUCUACUUCUAACGUUGUGCUAGAAAAAAUAUGGAUGAUGGGGGCGGCUAAAUAAAAUGCCAGGCUCUGGGUCGCCUGGGCUUGUACAGAAUAUUUUCCCAGCCCUGUUAAAGAAUGUAUGCAGCAAGCCAUAGGGAAAGCUCCCUUUGAUUGUACUGCAGUGAGGUAGUGCAGUGUCUUUCGUCAGGUCUGGGCCACUCUUAAUUUAUCUUAUACGUGUCUUUUAUUUCAGCCCUUGUUGCUUGUCCAGAGCUGACAGAUGGGCCAGAAAUAUGAGCGCCUAAAUCUGUUUAAAAAAUUGUAUUUAUUUUGAAA